AUGGGCACCGACCUCAAACCCCUCCGCAUCGUCAUGGCCGGCGACGAAGCCGGCUACGACUACAAAGCCGCCAUCAAAGACCUCCUCGAAAAGAGUCCCCUUGUCGAAUCCGUUGUCGACGUCGGCGCAACCUCCCUGACCGACAAAACCGCCUACCCUCACUCCGCUGUCGAGGGCGCCAAACUCAUUGCAGAGGGCAAAGCUGACCGUGGGCUCUUCAUCUGUGGCACGGGACUCGGCGUCGCCAUUGCCGCCAACAAAGUGCCCGGCAUUCGCGCCGUGACUGCCCACGACCCCUUUUCCGUUGAGCGCGCUAUCCUGAGUAACGAUGCCCAGAUCCUGUGUUUUGGGCAGAGGGUUAUUGGUAUUGAGUUGGCCAAGAAGUUGACUUUGGAUUGGUUGAACUAUCGAUUUGAUCCAAAGAGUGGUUCUGCUGCCAAGGUGCAGGCUAUUUCGGAUUAUGAGAAGACCCUUAAUGCUUAA